ACCCCUUCGGCUCCUUCAACAUUGGCCGCUUCAGGAGGGAAGAUAAGUCAGAACUAUGAGUACCCAAGUACUCGAAGCCAGAAGGAUGUGGAUACAUCCAUGACCCCAUUCCAACCGUGGUUCAUGCCAGCGCUAUCUGCCCCAGGUUCUCCAAAUUUGAGGUGCUGCCAACCUCGUCCAAGUUGAAGCCCAGAUUCAAGACCCAAAGGGCUCCCCUUUCAAGUAGAAAGUGGCCUCCAAGAUGACGCCGACUCUACCGCUGGUCGGGCCAGCCGUCACCUCUACCAAGCCCUUUGGCCAACAAUCACCCCCACACGCAUCAUGGCACGGCUUCACCCCCGGCCGACGCAGCUACGCCCCCGACGCCUCCAUUGUGCUUGUCGGCAUCCGAGGGACAGGCCGCUCGACUCUCGCCGUGAUCGCGGCCAGCGCGUUGGGGUUCCGCUUACUCGACGCCGACCAGCAGUUUUUCCAGAUGACAGGCCUCUCCCGCGCCAGCUACAAGACGCAGCACGGCACCGCCGAGUAUCGUCGGGAAGAGCUGAAGCUUCUGCAUUCUAUGCUUUUUGAGAAUCCGACAAAGUCUAUCAUUGCGUGUGGGCCUGGGGCUGUUGAGGGAACGGGACAGGCUUGGCUUGCGGAAUAUGGGCAGACCCAUCCCAUUAUCUAUGUCCUGAGAGAUGCGGAAGAUGUGAAGAAGCAUCUCAAGGUGUGGGAUACUGAGGCCAUCACGCGGCUCUUCCAACUGAGUGGCCCGACACAUCGAUCGAUAUCUAACUUUGAAUUUUACAACAUUUCAGAUACCUUAGGGAAGGCCUCAGGAGAAGUCGCAACGAUUCCCGGCCACCAGUCACCGAGGUCUCUUGCAUUGAAGCGAGUGGAGUACGACUUUCUCGGACUCAUUGACAGCAUCAUGGAAAGCGAUAGACAGGGCUCGGAACGGUACAGGGCUACCGAGGGCUCUGCCUCAUUACCAUUAGAGCGCCGGCCUUACACUUAUUCUCUCAACUUGCCAAUGUCAUUGGUAGAGACCGCCGGCGCGGAACUUCGAAAUAUCACGACGACUGCCGACGUCGCAGAGUUAGUCAUUCCUGUGAGGGAACUACAGGCAACGUCGGCCGAGUUCGACGAUGCAACUGCCAAUCGCGUCUGCCGUCUGCUAUACGCCGUCAGGAGGUUCACACGCCUCCCUAUUAUCCUCAACCUCGAACUUGAAUCAUCACCCACAGGCAUAAUGGGCGGCUUCUCUCCAGAACACGCCUCAGCAUACUACUUGAGCGUCCUGAAUCACGGACUCCGUCUCGCCCCAGAAUACCUAUGUGUGGAUCUCCGCUGCGAUGAAAACGUCAUCCAAGAUCUCGUCGCAAGCAAAGGGACAACAAAGAUUAUCGCCCACUACACCUGCAACUCUCUCUCCUCAAGCGGCUGGCGCAAUCCGGACCUGGAAGACAAGAUGAGGUUGGCUGAGGAUCUGGGUUGCGACGUUGUCCGCAUAUGUCGCGAGGCCAAAUCAACCAAAGACAAUUUUGAGAUCCAGCACUUCAAGCACGGCGCUGGGAAACCCAGAGACGUAACAAUCCCGCUCAUCGCGUACAACACAGGCCGUCUGGGCCGCAUGUCCUGCUUCAUGAACCCAACAUUCACGCCAGUCACCAUGAACCUGCUCCGAAGAUUGGCACCCGGUGGCUCGCCUCACUGCCUCUUGACGAUCCACGAAGCGCAAAAGGCGCUCUAUUCUUCCUUCCUUCUAGACCCCAUGUACUUUGGCAUCUACGGCACCAACGCCUCCACAAGUCUGUCUCCGUGUAUGCAUAAUCCCGCGUUCAAAUUCUGCGGUAUGCCGCACGAGUACAAGAUCUUUCACCAGCCUACCCUUAACCACCUGCGCAAGCUCAUCUCCGACGAGAACUUUGGUGGCGCGAGUAUCACGGCCCCCUUUAAAAAAGAAGUCUUUGCCAUUGUCGACUUCACGAGUCCCGAGGCCAGGGCCAUCGGCGCCGUCAAUACGCUGGUACCGCUGCGGUCGCGUAACAUCGAGUCUCUGCUUGAUCGCAACAGAGCCGGCCCAGUCGUUGCUCUGUAUGGCGAUAAUACGGACUGGAUCGGGAUUCAUACCUGUAUCCGACACAAUCUGUCCCCCAUUAACGGCGUCAAAAGACGUACGACGGCGCUGGUGGUGGGGGCGGGAGGUAUGGCGCGCGCGGCGAUAUACGGGCUCCUGAGACUUGGUGUUCGCUCCGUGUUCAUACAUAAUCGAACGGCGAAGACGGCAGAGGAGGUGGUACGGCACUUCAACGGGUACCGAUUCACGAGCGACGGAGCCACGACGCCAACAGAAGUCAACGCUUCGGAGAAAGUGGAUGCUCUUGCGAGCUGUCCGACGAUUCGGGUGAUUGAGUCUAAAGAUGACAAGUGGCCGGACGAUGCUGAUUUCCCUACUAUUGUGGUCUCGUGUAUAUCUACGCGCGAGGUCAACGGGGAGUCGUCAGCUGAUACGAGUCUACCCUCGGGCUGGCUAGGCAGUCCCACGGGCGGAGUGGCCAUUGAGCUAUCAUAUACGCCUCUCGAGACACCUCUCCUGAGGCAAAUCCGCGGCAUGAGCGACCAAGGGUGGAUCGCCGUUGACGGCCUAAGUGUUCUGCCGGAACAGGGUAAGAGGCAAUUUGAGCUCUUCACGGCACGUAAGCCCCCGAUUGAGAUGAUGCGCGAGUUAAUCUCGCGUGCAUAUAAGGAAAGGCUCGCAGAAGGCGGAAAGAUGCCGACGAGAGGUUAGAACUUGGCAAAAUUAGCAUUCAUGUGAACGUAGCGUUUUAAUGUUGACCUUUCAUUCACAACAUGCCCCGCCAUAAAGAGAAGGUCGUAUGGUUAUGGGUCAAUGAUAGAGAUGUGCAUUGAUGGGUGAGCGCAUGAAGAGAUGAUGACUGCGUAGAUGUAGUGCUUCGUCUUGGAUUAUUGCCCACAUUAGCUGGUGGCUAGCUUGAGAGCAGCGGUAAAGACCU